GUCAGGAGGCCCGCAUAGCGCUGUACGACUUUCCGUUGGAGCAGUUGGCGCCGCUGACGUCGACCGCCUGGCCGGCACUGGAGCGAGCGGCGGCGGCGGCGCGGGCCCGUGGGUCGGCGCAGACGUCCCCACUGGCGGCCCUGGGUAAGCGGCUGGACGCCACAUUGCAGAACCUGGGGCUCAAGCCGCCGGGGGCAGCCGACGGAGGCGGCGCGGACGGGGGGGAUGGCGGCGGCGGAGGCGGCCCUGCCGUACUAACGGCGGCGGGCCCCGGCGCCGGCGGACCGUUGUCCGGUCGGUUGUUCGUUGAGGGCAGCCUGGGGGGCAGUGUACGAAAACCGCAGGCUGCCGUACGAUUGCGAGUGGAGGACGGCGCCAUCGGUGGUGCGCUGCUGGGCCGAGCGCAGGCUAGCCUGUUGGUCGACCCCGAGCAACGGCUGCAUGUGGACGUGGACCUGGCACCCCGGGGGGCCGCUGCUGCUGGGGGUGCUGGGGGUGGUGCUGCUAGUAGUGCUGCCACUGCUGCAGCUGGUGGUGCUGUCAGUGCCACUGCUGCAGCUGCUGCCAGCACACCGGCGCUGGCGGGUGCUGCGGCGGAGGCUGCGCAGCUGGGUCCUACUGGCGCCUCCUCCUCGGCCGGAACUGGCGGCGGCAGUAGCGGCAGUAGUCCAGCAGGGGGUUAUGUGAGGCUGGUGGGUACGGCCAGGCUCCCUGCAGCAGCCGCAGCAGCAGCUGGUAAGAAGCCAGGGUCAGGCGGAGAAACUGCAGCUGCAGCGACAGCUAAGGCCCCCAGGAGAAAGGCGACCACGCGAGGUCGGAUGGUUGCUGGUGACGGUGCUACCUCCGCUGGCGGCACUGGGGGCCGCGGUGGAGGCGGUGGAGGUGGCUUGCAGUGGCCCCUUGGGUCAGCUCCUGCUCCUGCUGCUCCUGCUCAGCACCAGGAAGAGGUGGUGUACGACAGCGCUGGUGAGCUUCAUGUUGCCUGGGCGGAGGCGGCUGGAGAGGCGGCUGGAGAGGCGAGGGGUGGGGAGGGAGAGACGGCGCGGCGAGCUGGGGAUGAGGGGUCUGCAGCAGCUGUCGGAGAGGAGGAGGUGGUGGGUGCAAGGCGGGAGGUCGGCGCAAGGACGGAGGAGGACACCUCGUCGUCCAUCUCAGCGGCGCAUGCAGAGGAGGGGGAGAGGGAGGGGGCCGCUGCCAGCGAUGCUGGUGCCGCUGAGACUGCUGGCGCUGUCAGGAGCGUGCAAAGGGAAACCAGUGCAGCAGACGGCGAGGCGUCAGCUGCUACUGCGGCGGCGGCGGCAGACGGGGUGACACGACCUGAAGGCGAUGAUGCCUGGGGAGCGGAUAGCAGUACCGUGGGGGCCGAGGAGGGGGAGAAGGGUGCAGAUGCGGCCGUGGCAAGGGCAGAGGGGAUGGCUGGCCCAGAACCCCCGCAUGCGGCAGCGACGCAGGAAGGGGAACGGCAGGGAGGGGGCCUUCCGCGGUUUACUGAGGAAGAUGUCAGGGAUGCGGCGGCGGCGAAGACGGCUGCGGAGGCGGCGGCAAGCGGUGCAGCGGAUGCGGAUGCUGCCACGUCGGAGAGUAGCCUUCAGGAGUUCGAAGCAGCAUGGCAAGGCGUGGAGGAGAAGCGAGAUACGCAGCAGCCGCAGCUGCAGCAACAGCAGCAAAGGGCGGAAGAAGAACAGGACGGGGAACAGACCGUUGAGGAGGAUGACGGGGAGGAAACGGAGCAGGCGCAGGCUGAAGAAGAGGAGGAGGAGUUGUUUGCUGAGUUGCACGUGCGGGACGGUGGCAUGGGGUUGCUGCUGGCGCUGCUGCCGGGGUGCGAGUGGCAGGGCGGCAGCGCGGCGAUGGACCUGAAGCUGCACGGCAGGCUGGCGGCGCCGCAGGUGGAGGGGCGCGCGCGGGUGACCCGUGGGUCACUGCUGAGCCCGCUGCUGCGCUACCCCGUCACCAACCUCAAUGCGGACGUACAGUUCGACGGCACCACCCUGCACGCUCGCUCCCUGGAUGCCUCCCUGGGGAAGAGCGGCUCCGUCAGGGUGCGCGGCGCGCUACCCGUACAACCGCCACAACCGUCACCGCCGCAACCGCCUUCAUCGUCAUCAUCAUCCUCAGCAGCAGCGCUACCACUCGCACCGGCGGCGGCUCCGCCACCGCCAACAGCGGCAGCAGCGGCGGCGGCGGUGGCGUCCGCAUCAGCCUCCCAGUGGCCCCUGAUGGGCGCUACUGCCGUACAGGGGCCCCAAUCGGCAGCUCCGUAUUCCUCCGCCUCCUCGGUACGGCAACCUGUCGGUAGCAGAGCGAAGGGUGGCAGCGGUGGCGGAGGCGGCCGUGAUGGUUACACAACGGGUGCGGCAACUGGCGGCGCCGCGGGCUCCGUACCCCCGGCGGGAACUGCCGCCGCAGGAGACAAUAGCGGGUUUGGCGACGGCGGCGGCGGAGACGCCAGUGGCGGCGGCGGCGGGUUGAUUGUGGAAGUGGACGGGGCGGAGGUACGGGCUCGCGGGGUGUACAGCGGCCUGGUGGAUGGGCGGUUGGUUGUACGACGGAGCCUGGUGCAGCCGGUGGUUGGCGGGCGGUUGAGAUUCAGCCGCGGAGUGGCGUUCCUGCUGCCGCAACAGGGCCCGGCUGCUGCCGCCGCCUCUCCCUCCACCUCCUCCUCAGCCUCGGCCGCCGCGCCCUCCCUGGACGCGCUGCCGCCCCUGCCAGGCUCCUCCCGCGGUGCAGCUGCCGCCGCAGACCCCUUCUCCACCUCAUCCUCCUCUUCCUCUUCCUCUGAGGCGGAGGUGGUGCGCACCUCCUUUGCGCUGCUCAAGGCGGGUCGCAAGCGGGCGUUGCUGGCGGCGGGAGCGGGGGCGGCGGGGCGGCAUGGCGGCAUGGCGGGGAGCGGAGCGCUGGCGGUGGAGGCGGACGCCUCCUCCUCGCAGCCCGGCGGCGGCGGCUCCACGCCCCCCGGCCCGCCCCUCAUGCUGUCGGGUCUAGAGGUGGCGCUGGGUCCCGACCUGCGAGCCAUCUUCCCCGUCGUGCUCAACCUGGGGCUUAGCGGCUCGGUCACCCUCAACGGCCCUGCUGACCCCGAGCGGCUGCAGCCGGUGGGGGUGGUGCACCUGGACAGCGGCACUCUCAACCUGCUGGCUACACAGUUCGUUCUCGACCGAGAGCACGACAACCGCAUCGUCUUCGCCCAGCCCGACACCACCUCCCUACAGCAGCAACAACAACAACAACAGCAGCAGCAGCAUGCAACCCAGCAGCAUCCACACCACCAAGCAGUUGGCACCGCAACCGCGUCCAAGCAGCCCACCGAGCUCGCGACCAGCCCGGCUAAUGCCGCCACCACCACCACCAGCACCCCUGCAGCAGCAGCAGGGGCCGGCUCCUCACCCUCCUCUCCUUCCGCUGGGCCGCUGGACCCGCUGAUAGACCUGGUGCUUGUCAGCGGGGACCUCCGGGCGUCCAUUCAG